CGUCAGGAGACAGUGCUGCGGGCGGUGGGUGAAGGGUUUUGUGGGUCAUGGAGGAGGAAGGUAAAUAAAAGAGGAGCGCGGCUACAGCACACAGCAUUUGGCUUCAGGACGGUUCGCCGGGCACUUUGUUGUGACACGGGUGUUGGACCGGGACACGGAAAGGACGGAUAGUCCGGAGAGGAGGGACAGUCGGUCGGCUCCAGCAGCUGCUGUCGGCGUUCUCAGGUGCUCUUAUUGGGUUUGCCUCGUUCUUGUGUUGCCAUGGCGAUGCGGGAGUUGGUGGAGGCAGAAUGUGGGGGAGCCAAUCCCCUCAUGAAGUUGACCGGUCACAUGACCAAGGAGGGGGGUGCGUGGCGGCACCGCUCCACACCUACAAUCCCCCCCACUCCCAUUGAAAUUGCAACUGAGGAGGAGCUGGUCAAUGAGUUCCUUCAGGAGCCCCCACGGCCCCCGCACACUUUCGAUAUGGGUCAGCUGUUGGAGGAGAUGCAGCAGAUUGACCAGCAGAACUACAGACAGGCUCCACAGAGAGCUCCAGAUGUUGCAGCGUUGGCUCUCUCUGGUGACUGGGCGUCCGAGUUCCUCUCCAGUUCAGACUCGGCCCCCACACCUGGGCUCGUCUCGGCUGCUGAUGCCACAGAUGCUGAUUGGACAAGAGAAUUCAUCGCUGAGGCAGCAGAUGCUGAUUGGACGAAGGAGUUUAUAGCUGAGGCGGCAGACCCUGGCCGAUGGGCGGAAGAGUAUCUGGAGCAGUCCGAGGAGAAGCUGUGGUUGGGCGACCAGGGAGACAAGGAGAAUGAAUGGACAAAGGAGUAUCAAGCAGGAGAGGAGUUGAGACAAACAGCCAAUGAGCUCGUCUCAAAAGUUGAAGAUCCCAAGUUACAAAACACAGAGUUCCUGCGAUUCAUUAGGCAGAUUGGCGAGGGCAGUGUGACAGUGGAGAGCAGAACAGACAAACAGCUCACAGAUAAAGCUCAGGCUGAGGAGGCUCAGAACUGGGCCUCCAACCUCAACCAGGUGUCAGAGGAAUCGGCCGAGGCCUGGGUAGACGAGUUUGCCACAUCUGGACCGGAUUUCCAACAAGCUAAAGCUGCAGUGGAGAGCGAUGUGGAUUUCUGGGAGAAGCUGCAGCAGGAGUGGGAGGAGAUGGCCAAGCGGGAUGCAGAGAGCCAUCCGUGGCUGUCUGACUUCAAUCAGCUACUCAGCAGUUCUUAUGACAAGGGAUAUCAGUUUGAAGAGGAUAACCCGUACUUAUCUCACCCGGAUCCUUUGUCGGAGGGAGUGAAGCGAAUGGAGGCAGGAGACAUCCCUGGUGCAGUGCGCUUCUUUGAAAGCGCUGUCCAGAGGGAAGCAGACAACCAGCUGGCUUGGCAAUAUCUGGGAACCUGUCAGGCAGAAAAUGAGCAAGAAUUUGCUGCCAUCAGUGCCCUCCGCAGGUGCAUCGAGCUGAAAAACGACAACCUGACUGCCCUGAUGGCGUUGGCCGUCAGUUUCACCAACGAGUCUCUGCACAGGCAGGCCUGUGAGACUCUUCGUGACUGGCUGAGGCACAAUCCAAAGUACCGCUCUGUGUGGGAGCAACAUGAGCGGGAACGCCAAAAAGACAGCGCCAGAGAAAGGGAGAAGGAUAAGGAAAGAGAGCGGUUUGGUUCUCUGUUGCCAGAGUCUUUGUUUACUGACGUCCAGUCGUUGUACCUGCGAGCAGCCAACGCUGACCCCUCCCAGGUGGACCCUCAGCUGCAGUGUGGUCUGGGAGUCCUCUUCAACCUCAGUGGAGAGUACAACAAGGCCGUGGACUGUUUCAGCGCCGCCCUCUCCGUCACUCCACAGGACUACCUGCUGUGGAACAAGCUGGGCGCCACCCUGGCCAACGGGAGUCGUUCGGAGGAGGCGGUGGCCGCCUACAGGCGAGCGCUGGAACUGCAGCCAGGGUUCGUUCGCAGUCGCUAUAACUUGGGAAUCAGCUGCGUUAAUUUAGGAGCACAUAGAGAGGCAGUGGAGCACUUCCUCGAGGCUUUGUCUCUACAGCGCCAGGCUGCGGGAGACGGACCGAGUGCUGCAAGGGGCCCAGGAGGCGUUGCAGCCACCAUGAUGUCUGACAACAUCUGGUCCACCCUGCGCAUGGCUCUCAGCAUGAUGGGAGAGAGCUCCCUGUACGCCGUCGCGGACCGGCGAGACUUGGACACAUUGCUGGCUCACUUCUGCCAGAGAGAGGCUGACGGCGGGACUGAUUGAGGGCCUGCCAGGGGAGGGCUGAUCGAGUGUGAAUGUGGUCUGCUGGGAGGGAACUGUUUGGGGGAUGAAGUGGAACAGUCUGAAGACUUGGUACAGGUGACGGUUGCAAAAAUGAUGGAGGAAGACACUGUGAAAAGUCCACCCCAUUAAGCAUUAUCAGCAUCAUUUGGUCGUGCGUUUCAAUGAGUUGCAGUAUUGAUGUCCACCUGGAGUGAAGCAGCCAGCAGCGAUCCAAACCUGCUGCUGUGGUUCACAGUUCCCACAUUUCCUCCUUUGUUGAUCAAGACACCUGGGUUGAAUGAAGGACAACCGUGUCCUCUAAGAAGACGGCAAAGCAGAAGAAGCAUGAGUCAAUCCCUUCUGUGUUCAGUUGCCGGCGUUGUUAUGCUAGUUGUAGUUGUGCCACUUGGCGCCCUCCCAGUCUGUAACAGUCAGUACUCUGCGUUUCUGUAGAUUAAAGGUACAACAUUGCUGUGACAUUGAAAUGAGUGCUGCUUUCAUUUCCCACGGUGCUCUAAAAGAUGGAAGGAUUAUACUGGUUCAGAGUCGAAACACAAGUCAACAGUGCUUAUCUGUUUUUAUACUUUAUUUAAUUUUUUUAGUGAUCCUUACUCUGCCAGUACAAUGGACAACCAGCAGGACUGUUACUGUAAUAAUGAGGUGUGACGGGACUGGGUGGUGAACAUUUAUUGUACGUUUUAAUGAUAAAAAUCAUAUAACUGUCCAGUCAUUGAGAACGAUUUCUCUGGGCUCCUCUUUCUCCUGCUCUUUUUCAUAUUGCUCUUGUAAAACAAUUUGCUUCAUUGUAAAAUAAUGCUAUAUGACAUAAUGUGGACUGUAGCAUAAUUGAUGCACUAUAAUUGUUUUCAGGCUACUUAUAUCCUGACUGCAAUGUUUAAUAUAAUAUUCAGCAAUAAAGCUUUGAUUC